AUGCAUUCAUGCGGAGCUCGAGUCAAUGCGACUUCGCGGUGUGUUCGUGCAACCAAGCUACCUAACGGACCACGCGCCAUUGGUAAGAAGUGGGUCUUCAAGAUCAAGCGUAAAGCGGAUGGAUCUAUAGAGAAGUACAAGGCACGACUUGUGGCCAAGGGUUUCCGCCAAAAGUAUGGCAUCGACUACACGGAGACAUUUUCGCCUGUGGUCAAGUAUGUGACUCUGCGAAUGGAACAAGUGUUCUGUGUGAUUCCUGAAGGCGUCAACCUUGAUAGUACGUUCGACUGCCUGGAAUUGGUGAAGUCAAUUUACGGCCUCAAGCAAGCGUCGCGAGUGUGGAACGAGAUGUUCGACGAGUUUGUGUGCUCCAUUGGAUUCCAAGCGUCGUACUUCGACCCAUGUCUCUACAUCAAGACUUCGGACGGCCAUUGUGUGCUUGUACUGGUCGACGUGAAAGACGUCUUGAUGGCAGACAGCGGCAAGUAUUCAUUUGUUCUUGGGAUCGAGCUUUUGGACGGUGAAGAUGGCAGUGUGACUCUGUGUCAGCGCCAUUAUGUCGAUGAUGUCCUCAAGCGCUUUGGAAUGGAGGAGUGCAAGGCUGUGGCGAGUCCUGUGGAUGUCAGUUCUCGACUGAUGUCAAGCAGCACAGCGAGCAAGAUCGAUGUUCCAUUCCGUGAAGCUGUUGGUCCCCAAGAAGAACACUGGGUUGCGGUCAAGCGCAUCUUUCGCUACCUACAAGACACCAAGAUGCAUGGAAUGUGCUCCAAGCCAAGUGCAAGGAUCGACUUUCGUGGCUAUUCGGACGAAGACUGGGCCGGCGACCUUACUGAUCGCAAGUCAACGUCUGGCUACGUCUUCAUGCUAUUGGGUGCUCCAGUGAGUUGGGUCAGCAAGAAGCGGUCAAGCGUGUCACUGUCGACAAGUGAAGCGGAAUUCAUCGUGCUACGUCUGGCCAUCGAGGAAGGCAAGUGGAUCCACCGUCUAUUGUGCGAGAUCAUGGCAGCUGCUAAUGAGGACGGACCCGAUCUCAUGGUCCGAGAAGAAAACCAGUCCUGCAUCAAAAUGACCAAGAAUCCGGUCAACCACGGCCGCGCCAAACACAGUGAUAUAAAAUACCAUCACAUUCGCGAUGAAGUCAAGCGCGGUGAAGUGAAGCUUGAAUAA